AUGUGUGAUUACAACUGUACUAGACUGACUCCAGCAUCAUUCAUAUUAAAUGGAGUACCUGGGCUAGAAGGUUCACAUAUCUGGAUCUCCCUCCUGUUUUGCUGCAUGUACCUCCUUACUGUACUAGGGAAUUGUGGGCUCCUCUGUCUCAUUUAUGUGGAGGAGUCCCUACACCUGCCCAUGUAUUAUUUCUUGGCCUUACUUUCCUUCACUGACAUUGUUCAGUGUACAAGUAUUGUACCCAAAAUGCUGUGUAUCUUCUGGUUUGAUCUCAAAGAGAUCAGCUUCAAUGCUUGCCUGAUCCAGAUGUUCUUUCUCCACACUUUCACAGGGAUGGAGUCUGGAGUACUCAUGCUUAUGGCCCUGGACCGCUAUGUGGCCAUCCGCUAUCCUCUACGUUAUGCCACCAUCCUUACCAAUUCUAUCAUUGCCAAGGCUGGGUUUCUCACCUUCCUUCGAGGUGUGAUACUCAUCACUCCCUUUACUUUACUCACCAAACACCUGCCAUAUUGCAAAGGCAACAUGAUUUCCCACACCUACUGUGACCACAUGUCUGUGGCCAAGUUGUCCUGUGGCAAUGUCAAGGUCAAUGCCAUCUAUGGUCUGAUGGUUGCCCUCCUGAUUGGAGGCUUUGACAUCUUGUGCAUCACAGUCUCCUACACUAUGAUCCUCAGGGCAGUGGUCAGCCUCUCAUCAGCAGAGGCUCGGCAGAAGGCCUUCAGCACCUGCACAGCCCACAUCUGUGCUAUAGUCAUCACCUAUGUCCCAGCCUUCUUCACCUUUUUCACCCAUCGUUUUGGGGGUCAUACGAUUCCCCACAGCGUUCACAUUUUUGUGGCUAACCUAUACCUGCUUCUGCCACCUACCUUGAAUCCUAUUGUCUAUGGGAUAAAGACUAAACAAAUACAGGAAGGGAUGCUUAAACUUUUCCUUAGCCAAAGACCACUAAAGAAAGAGAUCAAAGUAAAUCCUAACAUAAUGAGAGGAAAACAUUUUCAUAGAUGA